AUGACUGGGGUCUUUGACAGCCUGGUCUCAGAUAUGCAUGCCAACCAGAUUACCUCCAGCAGUUACCACCAGCACCACAGUUUGCACAAGCCGCAGGAAUCGCCCACUUUGCCCGUCUCCACCGCCACCGACAGCAGCUACUACACCAACCAGCAGCAGCAGCCGCCGCCGCCACACGGGAGCGGAGGCGGCAGGCCAGUCACAGUGGGAAGAGGAAACUGGCAGAAACUUACUCUGGAUCCAACCCAUUACCAAGAAAGGCCCGAGUCGGAGAAGAGCACGGUGGUGGAAGGCGGCGAGGUGCGCUUCAACGGCAAAGGCAAGAAGAUCCGCAAGCCCCGGACCAUCUACUCCAGCCUCCAGCUGCAGGCCUUGAACCGGCGCUUCCAGCAGACGCAGUACCUGGCCUUGCCCGAGAGAGCCGAGCUGGCCGCCUCGCUGGGCCUCACGCAAACUCAGGUCAAGAUCUGGUUCCAGAACCGGCGCUCCAAGUUCAAAAAGAUGUGGAAAAGCGGCGAGAUCCCCGCAGACCAGCACCCCGGCGGCGGCGGCGGCAGCGCCUCUCCGCCCUGCGCCUCGCCUCCGGCCUCGGCCACCCUCGCCUGGGACUUUGCUCCCCACCAGCAGCGAAUGAGCAACGGCGGCGCCAGUGGGAGCGGCGGCGGCGGCGGGAGCAGCGCGGGCUCCAGCCCUGGCACUCCCGGCGGGGCGGCGGCGGCUUUCCUGGGUAACUAUUCGUGGUACCACCAGGCGUCCAGCGCCGCCGUUUCCCACUUGCCCGCCGCCUCCCCGAUCCUGCAGCAAGGGCAGGCUCACCCGCACCACCAUCACCUGCACCAUCACCACCACCACAGCGCGGCCGUCACCGCAGGGACGAUUUUCUAGCCCCCCCCUCCCCAAAU